GGUUUGCUAUUUCCGUUACAUGAGAUUUUCAUCUUCGGGGAGGUUCCUCUACAAAAAUUCUUCUCAAGUGGUCAAAGAUGUUGCGAAAUACAUGAACUUUCGAGCAGCUAAAGGUGAUGGUUUAUUCACCGGUCGUUACUCUCUGAAUGAUGAUCAGGUUGAAGCUGCUUUUCUGUAUCCUGGGUUACGUCCUACUUUAUGGAAAAUCCGCUUAAGGUUAAGAGGGACACAACAAGGUGCAAACAAUCGUAUGGAUUUGCUCUCGCUUGUGACUAGUAGAGUGAACAGUGAAGGCAUAAGUGGACCGGAGGAGGAGGUCCUCGGGGCGGUUGAUGCCUUGGAGGAUGAGAUCACUCGUACAUCUCACCGGAGAGGUCUGGCUGCUUUCGUCUUUGUUCCUUUCGAAGAGGUGGAGACCUGUGUGCUGAACCUACCUGUGGAGAAGAUGGAUUAUUACGUCCCUGGCUAGAUUAUCCUCGAGUCCCUUUUCUUCCAUCUGUAAAUAAUAGCAUUGCGUUCGCGUGUGGCCCUUCGGUAAAUAUGUAUCUCUGUAUGUUAGCAGCAUAAAUUCCUGUUCAAAGUGACGGUAAUAAUAGGGCUAUCGGUCUCCAAAACAGCAAAGUGUGUUUGUUGUUGUGAAAAAAACUUGUAAUCUCAGCCAUCCUUUGAAACAAGUUUUGAUCUGGCCGCCGCGCGCUCUGGUUAUAGGUAUUGUAGAACAGUUUGGGCUUUUGAAUUGUACAAUAACUAGUCGGAGCUGUUUUGAGUUCGUAUCUUCUCUGUAAAGUCGAAAAGACGAUGCUAUUGCUUGGAACUGAAUCAUUCAUUGCAUCAUAUUCAUAAAUCAUUUCAAUGUAUGAAAUGUGAAAUUCAGCAUGACAUUACAUAGCUGUCCAUCUACACAGGUGAAGAUGCUCCAACAGAGUUGGAACUUCCUCGAUCGUAGUGGGCGAGCGUGAACUUAUUACAGUCAUCGGUCGUCGUCUUCUUGAAUCCGAAAUUCGGUACAGGUGGGUUACAGCGUCUUCGCUAUAUGCUGGAUUUGGGAUCUCCGGAGUCUACAAUCGAUCCCCACGAUGGGUUCCGAGGAAGAAAUGUGUCCUGUCAAACCAGAGCAGAGGAGAGAACGAUCAGCGUUCUAGGUCAAAAAAUUCAAGGGUAGAGGUGUGCACAUAUGAACUGCGCAAUUUCGCUACAAUGUUCACACAACAUCUAUGAGAACGUUGCUCACAGCGCCCGAAAUCGACACCAUAGCCGAGUUGCGGUGAACUAAGAUUGGUUGGCAAUUUGUAGCAAAGACAGUCAAUGAUGUUUCAAUCUACACCAACAUCCCACUGGAGAUUUGCAAUUCUAUCAUCCAAAAGAUUUGCAAUUCUCGGAUCAUUUAACUCAAAAUCAAAGCAAUUUUUGGGAAUCUCAGCUCCAGACCAUAAUCGGUUAAGCCCUUAAAAUAGAUUUACCUAACAAGAGCAAUUGAGUGAUAUAGGGGAAUUUCAAUCAGAUCAGAAGAAGAGUAUACAGGUGAGGGAGAGGGAGAUUUACGGAGACGUAGGAGCAAGAGGGGAUGACGGAGAUGGAAUUGGCGCCGGCGUGGCGGAAGGCGGCGACGCAGAGGUGAGAAGCCAUACCCAGACCUCGCUUCGAUGGAGGGACGAAGGUGUGGACGAUGUCCAUUACUUUCUCUUUCCGCAUCACGUACUGGAGGUAUGCCUCCUUGUCCUCCGUCUCGAACUUCCCAUCCUUCUCGUUGUGCAGUAUCGCCGGCGUCUCUGGUUUCGCCGCCGCCGUCUCCGUAGAUGCCAUCUUCUCCCUUCUCGCUCUGAUCUCUCUGCCGGCGCUUUUGUGUUCCCGACUGGAUAUUUUUUACAACUGUUGCGGAAAAGUAGGCGAUUUGUUUAUCAGGG